AUGGCAGAUUUUUUUAAAGGACUGACAGUCUACAACAAAAGCAACUUUAGUCGAUUUCAUGCUGACUCAGUGUGCAAAGCUUCGAACCGACGUCCCUUAGUCUACCUGCCCAUGUGGGAGUACCCAUUUGAUCAGAUCAUUGUGACAGAAAAGAUAAACAUCCUUUUGUGCUACCUACAUCAGCAAUGGGACAAAAAGAACGCCAAUGAGUAGAGAGACCAGGAACAAGUGGACCUUGAGGGUGAGAGCUGGGCAACCCCCCCCCGCCCCCACAAGGUCCCUGACAGCCCAGACUUGCAUAAGGACACUUAA